UUUACUUUAUUCUACAUUUCCAUUCCCAAAGAUAGUGAGGUAGUGAGGCAUUUCCCGCCAAGAAACAAGGCUCCAUUUCUCCCCUUUGUUUUAAGGCUGAUCUGUAUAAUACAGCGAUGGAGAUUACUAUAAAGGAGACGACAAUGGUAACUCCAUGCGAAGAAACUCCAAAAACAAACUUAUGUGUCUCGAACAUAGACCUAGUGAUGACCGUAUAUCAUAUUUCGACGGUAUACUUCUACAAGCCGAAUGGUAGCUCGACGUUUUUCGAUACCAAAGUGCUCAAGGAGGCUUUAAGUCGGAUUCUGGUGUCGUUUUAUCCAGUAGCCGGCCGGUUGGGGAACGAUGAAAACGGUAGGCUCCAAAUAGUCUGCAAUGGCGAGGGAGUGUUGUUCAUCGAGGCUGAAACUAGUUCCGUCAUGGAUGAUUUAGUUAAGGAUUUCACAGAUGGUUCAAAGGUUCCUCAACUUGUUCAUAAGUUCGAUUACUCUGGUGGGAUUUCUUCUUAUCCUCUUCUAGGAUUACAGGUCACUGCUUUCAAAUGUGGAGGAGUUUCUAUUGGAGUUACUUUUCAGCAUACCCUGGCAGAUGGUCUAUCUGCACUUCAUUUCAUCAACAGUUGGGCUGAUACUGCUAGAGGCAUGUGUCCUACCAUUGCACCGGUUCUCGAUCGAUCAUUUCUUCGAGCCCGAGACCCCGCAACUCCGAAGUUUCGUCACGUCGAAUUCGAACCAUCUCCUUCUUUGAAAACAAUUUCAAAUCCUGAAGCACCCAGACCUUCAACUGUAUCCCUUUUUAAGAUCACAGCCGAGCAAGUCAAGGCCCUUAAAGACAAAGUGAAUGAAACUUCAGGUAAGACCAAGUACAGCACCUACAGCAUCUUAACAGCACAUAUAUGGCGCUGUGCUACAAAAGCACGAGACCUCGUCCAAGACCAAGAACUCAAGUUAACGAUACCGAUCGAUGGCCGAAACAGAUUGCAUCCGCCACUUCCCCCCGGUUACUUCGGCAACGUGAUCUUCCACGCGGCACCUGUUGCCUUGGCCGGUGAAAUCCAAUCUGAAUCGUUUUUUGAUACGGUUAAUAGGAUUCACGAAAUAUUGAGAGGAAUUAACGAUGAGUAUCUGCGAUCGGGUAUCGACUUGAUCGAGACAACCGCGGAUGUGGAAAGCGUAAGGCGAGGAUCAAAAACUAUGCGGUGCCCGAACCUUAGUAUCAACAGCUGGAUGUGGUUGCCGAUCCACGAUGCGGAUUUCGGUUGGGGUCGUCCUGUUUUUAUGAGGCCUGCGAAUAUCGUCCAUGAGGGCAAGUCGUACAUAUUGCCCAGCUCAACUGGUGAUGGGAGCUUGACGCUGGUUAUACGUUUAGAGACUUCUCACAUGAAGCACUUUGGAAGUCUUCUUUAUGAAUUCUGAUCAACUGCUUCUUUCCAUUGAAUCUUUGGUUUUCUUUCAUCAUCUAAGAUUACAACAUUCAACUGGUUUCAAUAUUUGGGUUUUUAGUUAUGUGGGUUUUUAGUUAUGUUGGGUUUCUUUCAU